GUUCGACUGCCAGUUUCUCGGCUGUACGCGGUACCGAUUGUAACCCUGGUCUUGGCCAGCCAAAUAUCGUGACAUUUUCCACGGGAAGGGAAAACAUUUGAUCGGUAACACAGGAAGAGGUUCACUUUUCGGCGGACGUGUUCUUCAAGAACAACAUCUUCAUUGAUUUUUCGUCUGACGUUUGUCUGAAGACACCAUCCAGCAGGCUAUUUCUGGUGUACGUCGAGGGUGAGACAACGUCGAGGUUUACGACGAGGGUUGAGACGCGUGAUCGUUCUUCGAGGGAGCUUGAAGAAGCAACUGGCGAACGAUAUGGCCACUUACGCGACCUACAGACACGUCGAACUCGACAAUGUUGGAUACGGAAAGAAAAGGGUGUUAAAACCCCCUGGUGGCGGAAGUAGCGACAUUUUCGGCGCCGCACCGGAAGAGACGAGCCCCCGUCGCGUGAAGAAUCACAACCAGUCGCAGUUGGGCUCGGCACUGUUCGGCGAUACACCGAAUAGCAAUAGCAACAGCAACAGCAACGAAACGCCGCGCAACAAGCCCGGUAAUGAUUCAUACAAACGUCUGUUUGGCCCUCCCGAUGCCCCACCCACCACCCCAAACGCGAAAAAUCAUAUGCGCAGCAAUAUCUCCCUCAGCGGGGAUUCGUCGUCGUCGUCAUCGGUGUCGCUGGCCGCCGCGACGUCGCCCGCGAAGAGCACCGCCAGCUCGGACUCGAUCGCGGGCGUUCUCAACGGCUACGCUGCCAGCAAUGGCAACAACCUGACCAACGAUGUCACAGCUUUUAGGAGAAUCAAACGAUUUCGUGGAUCGUCCUGCAUAACGCGCAACCCGGUCACCGGAGACGGAGUUGACGUGACGCCUAUAAGGCGCAGCGCACGAAGGUGUCGAGAUGGGAAUCCUGUGACUGGAACUGGCUACGCAGAAUCGCAGAACAACGGUCCAACCGUGCAAAAUGGAACGUCCAGCUCGAAUUCCAGCAUCGGCGAGAAAUCGAACGACUCGUCGCCGGCGGCCAAGGUUCCAGCUCGUACACGCGUGCCACCCGGUGGCUAUUCAUCCGGAUUGUGGUAAAAAUCUGCAACAGAACGACCGCUAAAUCGGCAUGCCCAUCAAUGGUUGGUGCCGUUGAUCCUUCCAGUGCAGAAGAAUUUCUGCAAAAAUUAAAAUUCCUUCUGCCGGAACCAAUCGUGAACAUCGAAACACCCUAUUGCACCCUUAUUCCUUUUAUUAUAAAGGAACAAUCGACGAUGAUUACUCUCAUCAUUUCGUUUAUAUUUCUUCUUCUUUUUUACAUCGAUUCCUCGUUGUAUUUUUUAAUUAUUCAUUAUUUUAGCGUUCCUUCAUGUUUCGUGUUACCUGUUGAACGAUUCACGAGGAUGAUUCUUCCUUUCAAGGGUUGAUUCCGGAGCAGAAAAAAAUGAAGAGAAACUGGCAGAUGCAGAUUACUCAGAUUUUAUUGUUUCUUUAAUUAGAAAAAUUGAAGUUUCAGUAUUUUACAUCCACCCUCGUUUGUUCGUUUUCUGCUUCAUAAUUAACCAUCCAAACGUCGAGGUGUAAAGAAUUAUCCUGCGUGAAAUUCGACAGUGUUUGUUCUUUGUGUUUUUUUUUUUAAUAUUGGAAACUUGAAUCUUGUCCAUGCUUUGAAAUGGAAUAUUUGUAAUUGAAACGAUACUGGAAGGGUUGACGAGAGCUCCGGGGACGCAGAGAAGAUACCGAUUGUCAUCCUUCUGACGAGAUCUUUAGGUCCCAAUUGUCGAAACGGAUUUAUAAAAAAAUGAAGAAUAGUCGUUCAAUUUUCACGGUCAAAAUGUCAUUCCUCUCCCCGAGAAAAUCUUCGUUUCCUCGGUUUUUCUAAGCGUAUAACUUUUAAGAAUGUAGAACUGUUCGUUGUUUGAAUCGUGGGGGACAAAAAAAUGAUAAAGGGAAAAUGAGCGUAAGAUAGUUUCCUAUUUUCGACGAAGAUUUUUGCCCACGUCCGACUGGUUCUCUUUUUUCAAAAAUGCGCGCCUUUCUACGACGAUUAUCAAGUGUAUCUUUCAUUAAUUCAAAAAAGAAGUGGCGAAUUUCAAAAAGCGGUAAGGGUGAAAGAAAAUGACACGGAAGAAGAGGUGAUCUUUUGAAUAACGAUGAACUUUGGGACGAUAGGAAAAAUCGAGGAGAAUCCUAGAUAAUUCGAGUGAAUCCUGCCAAAAAAAAAAAUUUUUUUCAGAGGCGAAACUAAUCAGAAAGAACGCCAGGCAAACACACUGAACACGCUUCUUUAAAUAAAUAGACUGCUAUCGGUUGGUAUACUUUGAAUAAGGAAUUAUACUUUUAACUUGAACGAGAUAGUAUGAAAUUUCAAUUGAAAAACGCGAACGUCCAGAGAGAAGAGAGAGAGUACUCGACUCCAUGGUAUAUUAAUUAUUAAUUAGUAACGUUCGACGAAACCUCGGAAUUGUAUAUUAGAAGUAGACAUAUGUUAUUCGACAGAAGUAAUAAUAAUGAUAAUACUAUUAAUAUUAAUAAUAUUAAUAAAAAUACAUCAUGUAACCCAUUAAAACAGUCAAGUGCUUUCUUAAUUUCCGUGCCUUUUUAAAUCGUAUCUAUUGUUUCUUCUGCAUGAACGCCAAUAACGGCGUGAAACAGAUAUCCAUUAGAAAGUACAGUUCCUUUCUAUCUUUGAUUUCUUCUUCAUUUUUAUUAUUGUUACUUUGUACGCACCAGUGAAAAGAAAACUUAACUUCUCUGCGUCGUUCAUUAAUUGCGGAAAAAAGACUAUUAGUUUUUACUAAUUGUAUCGUAGGAUUUUAAUUACACACGAAAAUGGUUCAUAAUCAAUUUUAUCAACGUAAUUACGAUGAUUAUCAUUCGGUCCUAUUUAUCGCUGUAUUAUCUUACGGCCUCCCCCUUUAAACAAGAUACCAUGUAAUCUUGUCGAAUGGAUUAACAAUUAUUCGUUUGUAGUCGUCAUUACACACUUGCUUAUUUUCCUUGUUUCUUUUUUUCACGAUAACGCAUAAGGAAUUGUAUUUCUUGUUUCAACAGAAAAUACUCGUUGCACACUUUUCUCUCUCUUAUGUUUGGAAAAUAAAGAGAAGAAAAACGUUUCUUUGUCGUUUUGGUGUGAGUAAAAUUACAUUGUUUGUAUCGCAUUCGUAUUCUCGUCUCAUAAGUAGCCUUUUUGUACUCUGGCAUUAAUAAAAUUUUGUAAGCAACAAAA